CUUUUUCGGUUUGGCAUUAAGACUCACACUCGUGCUACGUAUUCGAAGCCUGCCACAAGCAGCGGCAACCAGCAGCAGCAGCCGAGAGCCAGCCGCAUUUUAAUUUCUGUGUUAGCACUCUAGACUAGAAUGGACCCCUCAAAUUUGCCUUUUGGUUUUCCUGGCCUACCUGGCCAUGCCCAUUUGCCCAUACCGCCCACAGCGAACAUGCUGAGUGGCCAUGGACAUGGACAUCCGGCGCCAACAGCCAGCCCGCCGCAAAGUGUGCCAGGACGACGCACACCGCUGGGUUCGGUAGGUCUGGGCGGCUUCUAUGCUCAGGGCUUGGGCAUGACGCAGCAGCAGCAGCAGCAGCAACAACAGCAGCCAACAGAUGAGAACAAGCCUGGUCCAAGCACAGCACCCAAGCCGCUAACUCCAACCGAAGCGGCUAUAGCAGCUAUAAGCGGUGGCACCACAACGGCGGCCAUGUCUAGCGUUAUGGCUGGCGUGGGCGGCGGUGCAGGCGGCAGUGGCGGUGGCAAGCAAAAGAAUCGCCAAGGCAAGACGGUGCGGCUUAACAUAAAUGCACGGGAGCGUAGACGCAUGCACGAUCUAAAUGAUGCGCUGGAUGAGCUAAGAAGCGUCAUACCUUAUGCCCAUUCGCCUUCGGUGCGUAAACUAAGCAAAAUAGCCACUUUGCUUUUAGCUAAAAAUUAUAUUCUUAUGCAACAAAAUGCGCUCGAAGAGUUGCGCAGACUGCUUGCUUAUAUACAAAGCACCACAGGCGCUGCGCCUUUGGAUUUGGGCGCAUUUCCCGCCGCUGCCAAGCUGCAAGCCUUGCUGCAAGGACCUCACAACGAGCCGCCCAGCAGCGGCAACAACAGCAGCUAA